AUGGACAGGGUGCUCGAUCAGCUCUCUGUGCACGUCUCAGGCGAGCCGGAAGUCUCUCCUGAUGGUGCAACGUGUGUACAGCGCGUAGCGAAGACCUGUGGCCUCAAAUCAGUGACCUAUAGUGAAGAAGCCAAGAACUGUAGACUUGCUGGAUUUACAGACACGAAACAGCAGUUGGCGGUGGCCAGUAUGCUAUAUUGGACGCUGCAGGUGGUUGAGGAGAGCAGUGUCUUGGUUUCUGUAAGCAAUUCUGCAGCAGGUACGCGCUACUCACUAGCUGAAAUGCUAAAUAGAGCCGGGAUGUCACUUCAGGAUCCAGAAGUUGGUGCGGUGAAAGUGCUGGAUGCUGCGGCAUUUGUUAAGGAAGUGCUACAGCAGGAGAAUGGCGAGAUGGUGCAGAUCUUGGAUUGUCGAGAACAGGAAGCGUUCCUAGGUCUUGUUAGUGGCAAGGAGGUAUCUGGACACCUGAAGGGUGCAAAAAAUGUGCCGUUUGCAAGUAUAUUUACCGCACAAAGCGAUGCUGUUGAGGAGACGAAGGAUGUUGGAGGUGUUAUGGUUGAAAAUCCUAGAGAGCGAUCGUUUUUAUUGCCUGUAAACGAGCUGCGGUCUUUAUUCGAGAUGAAUGGCAUCGACCUGGCGAACCCCGUUGCUGUCGUCGCGAGCGUGCCGGCUGAAGCUGCUGCAGUUGCGACUGCAUUGUUAGUUGCAGGACAACGCACUUGGCUUGCGUUUUGCAUCGACGCCCUGCGUGACGAGCUAGUGGCAUUGUUUCCUGUGUCGUAUACGUCGGAGAUUUUCCACGGAGGCGGAUUGCUUUAUAAAGAUGACAAGGGUGAGUUUGAUCUCUCGAUACAACAAAAUGAUGCACGCAUGACAGAGGGUAUUGAUAAAACAGCGGUGGCGGAACUCGAAAAAGCGUACAAAGAAAAGCUGAUCGAGAUAACAAGAAAAGAUCAAGAAGCUACUGCUAGAAAUGAAGAAAAGGAAGAGAAGGUGUCGGACGUCGUGUGGAUUCAGGAUGGACACCGAUUUUUUGACAUGCCACAUCCUGUCAGCAAAGAUGAGUUCUUGGAUGCGUCACGAACGAUCUAUCGUGUGGUCUCCUUUGUGCUAGCGCCGUUUGGCUUUCCUGCGUCGCUGCGCAGAAAGCGCUCGUCGCAAGAGGUGAAGACACAAUGCGGGUCCCUUUUCCAAGAUGUAGUCGAGGUAUGUUCGGAUCUCAUCUACCAGCAAAAAGAACUCACUGAAGGCUCGAUGGCUAUGAGCGUGCACAAGUGGGUGGAAAAGAAGCGUGACAACGAAUGCAUGGAGCAGCUGAAGGCAAUUAACGAUCUGUGGGACGUCUUGUACACCCCGCCAACUGUGGUAGAAAUACCAGACGUUAGCGACGAGUAUGUCCUCAAUCUCGCAACAAAAUUAGGACAGAAGAUGCGCGAUCUAGUUAGCCAACGUACACCUUGGGCUUGUGACAGCGUGGACGAGGGCGAAGAAGGUGAGUCUAGUGGCGAAGAGGAUUUUGAACCUCAGAUCAGUCGUGAACAAGUAGACAGCCUCGAUGAGGAGGAGUUAGGCGAAGAAGAGACUGACGAGGUGUGUAAAGAAAGCAAAGCCUACUCGGAAGAAGACACGAGUAGCGAAGAUACCGACAAGCAGGACAAGACACCUGAAGAAGCUGAAGAUGUUGCUAAUAAGGCAGAGGCUAUCACUAAAGAAGGAGUUGUAUUUGAAAAUGAACUCCCAAGCAACGAAGAUGAGUCUAGUGUAGAGGACGAUACGACGAAUGCGCGGAAUGUGAAUGACGACAGAGCCAUAGCUGAGACGGAAGAUCGACCUGCUGUCAAGAACGAAUUCAGCGUCGACGAGGAUGGAGCCACUGGUUCAGGAUCCGAUAGUCGACGGACGAUCAAGAGCUUAUCUGGCCGGGAACGGUUCGAACGUGUAGAAUCCGGACUUGCAGAGAGCUGGAAGUACAUGUAUCCGAGCGUUGUGUACUCGCUUGGUUUCAUCCCGCGAGACGUGGUCGCAUCCCACAAGAAGCUGAGUACGUUGCAGAUCAAGUCGCUCAUCCAGGCCAUAGCAGAAGCUUCGUGGGAUGUUAUCAAGGAUGGCAUCGACGGAAUCAGUCAGAUCGAGUUUCAAGCUUUAUGCGAGACAGUUGAUAGUGAAAAGCGUGAGCAGCUGGCCGAUCGUGUAGCUGAAGCGGAAAAGUCCGUGUACGUGCUCAAGCACUUCCUCGCCCGCCCAUUGAAGUCAGAUAUUUCUCUGGCUGACAAGUUAGUAGAUGUCCGUGAAGCCGUGGUGGAUGGUGACAUCCGCAGAAGGUCAGGAAACUACCAAGCUGCUCUUGAGGCAUACUCCAAGGCCUUCAGUCACCUUCCGUUGUAUCACAAAGAGCUUGAACAUGCCGUGGUAGGACGGGCCAGGUCCCUCCUCGAUAUGAAAGAAGUGGCUCGUGCAAAGACCGAGGCAUUUAUUGCGUUGAAGCUGAACCCAUACAGUAUCGGUGCCUACGAAUGUCUGGGUAUUGUUGAGGAGGAGACCGAGCACAUUGAAGCAGCGAUGCAGCACUAUGUGACGUCCUUUAUCCUCGAUGGCUCACGCUCGCUAGAGCUCGCCGAAUCGAUUGACCGCACGUCGCGUCUCGUGGGUCGACGUGUGGCAAAGGAUCUAUUCGCCAAAAUGGAAAAAAUGCACAACCUGCCAUCUCAAUGGCUGGUAAACAGCUAUUUCGAGUCGUUUGAACACGAUGUUGAUCAUGCUGCACGUCUACCGAUCGAUAUUGAGAAAAAGGAAGACGUGGAGCAAGCAGAGUUGGACGGACAGACGCUCCUUUAUCGUGCGGUUCACUUCAAGCGGCGUAAGGAUUUCAAAAACGUCCAGCACGACAUUGAGGCGUUGGUUUCUAGGGACAUGGAGGCCGAGGGACUUUCGGUGGAAGAUCGGGCAUUGGCAUUCAACUUGUAUGCGUCACUGCUGUACGUUGCUGGUGACGUGCACACUGCAGUGGAGGUUAUCGACCAAAGCUUGGAACUCCAGCCGACCUUGGUAAACUCUCUGGUAAAAAAAGGCGGGUUCCUGGCAGAACUUGGCGACCCGGGCGAGGCGACAUCCUGCUUUACGAUGGCCAUGGAUCUUGAGUUGAAUGAAGCAGACGUGCAUCUGCAUUAUGGACAGAUGAAGCUACUCGACGGCAAGUACACCGAAGCUGUGCAAUCUCUUCGUCGCUGUAUCUCGCGGUCGGACACACUGCCGGUCACGUAUGUGUCCUAUGGCAUGGCUCUCUACAAGAGCGGAUCGACGUACCAGGCGAACGACUUGUUCAAAGAGGCCUCCAAGAAGUUUCCCGACUCGGCUGAAGUGCAUCUCUUCCAUGGCGAAGUGGAGGCGGAUCAAGGAAAUUACGCCGACGCCAUGCGCCACUUUUUGACUGCCUGGGAGUUGUCCCCGCAGUGUCCACUGCCGUUCCUGAAUGCUGGUCGCGUGUACGUGAGCACGAACGACCCCAUGCGAGCCAUCGCACACUUUCAACAAGCACUCACAGUCGACCCGCGCUGCAGUUCCGCCCAUUUGGACAUUGCCCAAGUGCUUUUUGCACAGGGUCGCACGAGCGAAGCGUUCGAGCAUUUUGAACGAGCGGCGGCAUGCUGCCGUUUUCUACCGGAAGUGGAAGAAGCUUGUGCGUGCCAGGAAAUGGCCAAGAUGCAGCUCAAGGUGACGGAGAUCCUUGGCGUGGAGCUGCGCCACAUUAUGCGCUCCAAGUAA